UUUGUGGCGGUGGUGUUGGUGGAGACUGUGCUGGGGAAUGAGGGAGAGUGGCUGGAGUGUUUUGGACGGCAUUUGUCAGUCUACACACACCUAAGUGACCAGUGUUUCCAUAUUCCCGGCAGUUUUUUCCUGCAUCAAACACCACCAAGCAGCACUAGAGAAACAGGACUACCUAAGGUGACAGUGCAGAUGGAUGAACGAGGUAUGUCAGAUGGAGUGAGUCUGGUACCUGCUUAUGUGAAGAGUGACGUGUGUGUAGGUGACCCUGCCCUCUCCCUAUCCGCCCAGAUCCGAGGGUCCCAGCAUACCCUGCCGCCCUACCCAAGGAAGGUAAAGAUCGUGGAGGUGGGACCCAGGGAUGGCUUGCAGAAUGAGAAGACUUUGGUGCCCACGGACGUGAAGAUAGAGCUGAUCAACAAGUUGGCGAGAGCUGGACAUCGGGCAGUGGAAGUGACCAGUUUUGUCUCACCAAAGUGGGUGCCUCAGAUGGCUGACCAUAUGGAGGUGAUGCAGGGAAUUCAGCGCCUCAGUGGGGUGUCGUACCCUGUGCUGACACCAAACCUGAAGGGAUUUGAGGCAGCGUUUCAGGCAGGAUGUGAGGAAGUGGCCAUCUUCGGGGCUGCCUCAGAGUCCUUCAGCCAGAAGAACAUUAACUGCAGCAUCAUGGAAUCUCUGGAACGCUUUGAGGCAGUGGUGGAGGCAGCCAAGGCAAGAGGUGUAAGGGUGAGGGGCUACGUCUCUUGUGUAUGUGGCUGCCCCUAUGAGGGACCUGUCGACCCCAGGACUGUGGCUCAGGUUGCCCACACUAUGUAUGAGAUGGGAUGCUACGAGAUCUCCCUUGGGGAUACCAUUGGAGUGGGCACCCCUGGCAGCAUCCGUCACAUGUUAGAGGAAGUGCUGAAAGUGUUGCCAGCAGAUGUGUUGGCAAUACACUGUCAUGACACCUAUGGCCAGGCGCUGCCCAAUAUUCUGACAGCACUUCAGAUGGGUGUGAGUGUGGUGGAUGCCUCCGUGGCUGGCUUAGGAGGAUGCCCCUAUGCCAAGGGGGCCUCAGGGAAUGUAGCAACAGAAGAUGUGGUCUACAUGCUCAACGGUCUUCAGAUAGAGACUGGAGUGGACCUCGACAAAUUGAUUGAGGCUGGUAACUAUAUCUGUAAGGUGCUCAACAGGCAGAACAUGAGCAAGGUAAGCUGUGCCAAGACCAAGGGAGGCUGAGUUAUGUCUUUAUGAAUAGGACCUACUUUUCAUCAUCAUCAUCAGCAUCAUCAUUUAUCAUAGCUUUCACCUUAUUGCAAUGUCCAAGACAUAGAGGAAUUAAUUUGGAUUUAGCUGUAUCUAAAAACAAAAGUGGGGAUCAGAUUUUAACUUGACAGGUACAAGACAUUUUCUGUUAUCAAUUGAGCAACAAAGGAGUGUACUAACUUGUUGUCUGCUGGAUAACUACCUAUAUUGUAUUGAUGGGAAAAGGUGCUGUAUGUGCUAAAAUAUUUGUGACAGCAGAAAAGGAUGUACUCGUAUAGUAUUAGUUGAAUUUUUAUUUUGUUUUUUGUUUUAUUGGUACAUGCUCAUGUCUUGUUGAAACUGCAGCUCAACCUCUAAUGUUGUAGUUGUAUAGACAUGUCAAGCUGCAUCUCAAGUCAUUUAGGUUUGUAUGAUUUCAACCCCAUUCUGCAUUAUUAAUCUUCAUCAUCAUAUCACAAAGUUAGUGGGUUGUUUUGUGUUUGUCUGUGAUACAUGAGAUAGUGGUAUAGAGUAGUAUGUAAUUUUACUCCUGAAAGAGGCUUCUUGGGUGUUAUUAGAGGAUAUUACCAAGGAAUUUGUCAGGAAAUGGGUCACAGAUGUGUUGCAUGUUGCCAAUGGUUGCAGAAGUCAUGCAAGUGGUCACACACAUCCACAUACACAAAAGAAGAUGCCUGAUGUUAGGUGUUUAUGUAUGUUCCAAAAUAUUUUUUAAAUUUAUACAUUUUAAAAGACUUCAGAUAAUGCACUAUCAUAUUCAUGGAUAUUUUGAUGAAUUUAAGCACCUUUAGAAUGCACUUACUUACUUAUGUUGCACUAAACAGAAAAAUAGUAUUUAAAAAAAUCUAUUAUUCUGUGAAUUAGUAACUAACAUUUAGUACUUUUCAACAUCAGUAUUUUAACUGUAUGGUUAUAUAUGUAGAUCUAAACAUUGUAAUCAUGUGGUUACAGAACAUUUAGAUUUGUUUUGUCAUGAGCUGAGGCUUAAAAGCUUGUGUCAUGCACUGUACAAACCAGACAAACUUAAGGAACCAUUUUUAUGUUUUCACCCACACCAUCACAUCACCAUGUUCUCCACCAGUCUUGUGAAGCAAGCUGUAUGGAGAACACACACAACCUCCCUCCACUCCCUUAGUGUUCCUUUGGAUGAAAUUGAACCUUAUAUACUUUUAUAGUGUUUAUUUAAUGACACAAGUAUGUAAUAUCCCACAUUCACCUCAUUUAGCAUUUUUCCUCAAUCUGAAGUCCUCAUGUGCUGAGAAUCUGUCUGCUCUCAGAUUUUGUAAGUAGAUUCUCAGCUUAUUGAAGGAUUUGAGAUUGAGUGAAAACAAAGCAUAGUAGAAGUGAGUGUGGUAAUAUUACUAACAAUCAUUAUUUUAUCCAGUUGAGGUGUAGAGGCACACAAAAAUGUAGUGAUUCAACUAAUUUAGUCCCUAGUGAUGUGUGAGGUGUUGUUGGUUUAAUCCACCACUCUGCUGUACCAGUAGAGUUGUAGUGUAGGAAAGAGCACUGAUGUUAUAAAGUAAUACUGUACUUUGGAUUCAAAUAGUACUGUAGUUUCUUGCCAAAUUUAGGACUGAAAUUAGUGGAGGAUAAGUGAGAUGUUUGGAAAUGCCUAAGAGAUGCAAUGCCUUGUCUCUGCUAUAUGGUCAGGUAUAUUUUGAACUAUAAAUGAACUGUGCAUUAUUAUAAGCCAGAGCAAAAUAAUGUGAAAUUUUAUAUAUAUAUAUAUAUAUAUAUAUAUAUAUAUAUAUAUAUAUAUAUAUAUAUAUAUAUAUAUAUAUAUAUAUAUAUAUAUAUAUAUAUAUAUAUAUAAUCAAAGGUGUUUUCAAUGAAGCCAUGAUGAAUUUUAACCCUAGGACUCCUAGUGACAAUGUGAAGCUUAUUAGGUAAUUGGAUUAACCUUAAAUAAAUAAUGAAAAAUAGUAAAUAUCUAAACAUCAAAAUGCCUAAACUAUCCAUUACUCCUUUUGCUAUCAGUGGUACCUUUCAGAGUCCUAUUUAACAAUAGCACCAGAACACUUUUUUAAGCUAAAGAACCCAUAUUAUCUAAAAGGUUAAAGUACAGCUUUGUGUGUGUCCUCUGUGGAGACAUGUAGGUAAGGUUAUGAGAGGGAAGAUCAGGAGGAGGGUAUGGUGAAGUACUGCCUAGCUCUCACUGUUACCAAAGGAUCACCCUGAACCAAGAGCCUGGUCAUUAGUGUGGAAUGCAGUGUUAAGCUGGCUGAAGCUUAUUGUUAUUGUAGACUGACGUUGAUCAGGAACUAAGUAAUGAUGUUCUUGGUCAUUGUUCACUAGAUGUGUGAUUUACAUAAGUGUGACUGUAUUUUGGAUCUGAACUGGUUAUAUUUUUACAUUAAAAUGUGAAUUAAGCUUCA